AAGUCCUUGUGCUCAGAACUCUUAACUUAGUUAUCCCUCAGUCGCAAUAAAGCUCACAUCCAUCGGGAUCGGAAUCACAAGCCUUUCGACUGGUGGACACCACGCAGCACCCUCAUCGCUUCAGGAAUCACUUUCGGAUCCUUGGAUAUCCACCAUACAAAUAUUAACACACUCAGCGAUCAUCUCUGGCCAACCUCUCUAGUAGCAUGACCUUAGACAGCUCCCAUUCGCCCUCCCCAAAUAUCAGUACUCGCACCAGUCCAGUCCCAGAUUCAGGUCCAGGAAUCAUGUACAGAUCUAAUUCCCCCAUCUUCGACGUCCCCGAAUUCCCACCUCUUCGCCGAGUCAAACCGCUGCCAAAACGUCGUCGUACAUCCCUAACCAACGAAUCGAGUCCCACCCGGUCUGCCAACACAUCUCUCCAUGAUCCAUCUAACCCUGUGGCGGCUCAUCUCGCGGCGAACGGGACUCAUGGGAUAUUCACUCUCCCCGCACUACCACCCAUAUCGCCCGACGCCACGACGGAGGAGCUCAUUGCGCAUGCCGAAGAGCUCUCGGCCCAGAUGGCGCUUCAGUCGUAUUACAUGCCUGUUUUAGGUGGUGUACAGGACUUUAUCAAGAACGAGGCAGGCGGGAUUAUGGAUCGUGUUACCGCCGACGCAAAUGCGAACGGGAACGGAUCCGCCAUCCAUUUCUCUGGUCAGUUCGGAUAUCUCGAAGGAGGCGAUGUGGGCGAGGGGUUUGUAGGACUGGAUGAGUUUCGAAGAGGUCUGAAUGGCGGCGGUGGCGGCAGGGAUGAUGAGGAUGAUAGGGAUGGCGAUUACGUGGACCAUCUCCCGCAGCGAGGAAACACCAAGAAACGCAAAGUCCCCGCCAACCUGUCCGGCUCACCUCGUGGUGCCGAUUCUGUUGAUGGACAAUCUGGCGGUGAAGAAGAUGGCCCCUCCGACCGCGGUAUCCCUGUCGGUUUGCACCAGGAUUCGGAUUCUCCUGAUGCCUUGAGAUCUUCGGUGGAUGAUGGUGGUGGCGGUGGGUUAGGUGGAGGUGAAGGCGGUAAAGGGGUGGUAUCGGCGCUUUUGAAGCAGGGGAGGAUGCCGGGCGCGACGUUGGUCGGGUUACAGCACAAGGAGAUGCUGAAGAGCAGGAAACGGCAGCUGGCUGCUGUAUUGGGUGCUCUCACGCAUGGGGACACUCUCGCUCUGGACCAGGCCCUUUCUGCACACUAUCCUCUUCUCAAACCUUCGACGUCGUCUCUGGGAGCUUAUGGUGGCGAUUUAAAGGAUGCAGGAACACGAUUGCGUGGGGAGAGGGCGAGGGGGAGUCGUUUACGGACAUUGAAGAGGAAGGCGAAUGCUGCCCAGCGGUCUGCGGCUGCUCUCGCCCUGCAGGAUGGUCGAGCCGACGGAGACGACGACGAAGAGAAGCUGCCACCUCCCGAGGGCGACUUCACCUUCAGUUGUCCGAGCAAGACUUCGAUCCGGCUCGUUGAGACUCGCAAGGAGGUGGCCGAGCUUCACGCACGCUUCGAGGCUGAAUUAUCACGACAAGCCGCCAAGGCAGCAGAGGCAGCCAAACAGGCGGCUGCAGCAGCAGCUGCCGCCGCCGCCCACGCGUCCAAGAAAGCCACUCGUGUUCAGCAGAAGGCGGCUCGUACUGGCAACAACACGAACAGUCAAGUCACCGCCACGCACCCGCCUCCUCGCCUCGAACAAUUGACCGGGACGGGAGAACAGACCAUUGGAGGUGGUGCGAAGGGAAGAGGGAAGAAGAAGAAACGGUCUGCGUUGGCGAACGCGUCGAACCCUCAUCAUCUAAGGAACUACGUUCCUUCGAGGUUACCGAACCAGGGCCAAACGAAUGCCGCUCAAGCCCAAGCGAACGCGCAGAAUUAUGUUUCUCCACUCCCCCUUCGAUUUCUUUCUGCUCAGGUCCCUCCUCGCCGUCGUGGUGGCAAGAAAGAUCGGAGUCAGUCGCCACCAUCGCAAGGCAAGAACGCAAAAGAUAGAGAGGGGACACCGGUAUCGCAGCUGGUAAACCCGAUCGACGAAUGGAUCUGUCCGUUCUGCGAAUAUCAGCUGUUCUAUGGUGAUGAUGCGUCGUACAGGAGAGCAGUGAGGAAUCGGAAGAAGAUAUUGAAGAGAAGGCGACGAGCGAGGGAACGUGCGGCUGCGGCUGCGAGUGGGAAUAGUGCACCGGCGGGAAGAGACAGGGGAUCGGGUGGCGACGACGAAGAGGACGAAGAGUAUGAGCCUGAGCCUGUGGCACCUGUUCCGACCUCGAAGCAUGGUGCGAGCGGUAGAGGCAGGGCAGGUGGAGGAGUAGGCGAUGGGGAUGGAGGAGGCGAAGUUCAUGCGGGGAGGUAGGGUCGGCACCACCUCAGUAGCUUCUACUAUGUCAGGAGGCUUGCUGCAUAAUCUUUUCUUUCGCGUCCUUCUUCCUUUUCCGUAUCCUUUCUGCUGUCUCUCUCCCCGUCGUUCGCUAUUAGGUUCCGUCGCUUCUGACACGCAUGCUUUGUCGUCUGUCGCUCAUGCUCAAGCUCUCGUUUGGAUUAAUUUACACUCUCGCAAUUCCUCCGUGGAGGCC